CGUCUUGAUCAAUUUCAAACACAACAUGAACUAGCUCGGAAUUUCUAUGACGAUUUCGAUUUCUGCCCAGUUCAGUGUACCGAAGAUGCGAUUGAACAUCGUGAACGAAUCCAGCAACGGAUAUCACCUCACUCAUCACCGAGAACGUCACCAACGAUGGGUGGUUAUUCCGUCUCUCAUAAACUUACACCGCCGUCCAAACGAGCCAUUCCGAUUAUCAACCCCGCCAAUAUGGCACCAGUGUCGGUC